AUGUCGGCCACGCAUGUCGGUCCCGACGCCAUGGUCACCGUCAAGGUGACCUAUGACGGUACUACCCGCCGAGUCAAGAUGCCUCUGCGUGAGAUGGUGCCCAGAGUUCUUGAGGAGCAUAUCCGAACGUUCCUGCACGUUCCCGUUGACCGCAAGGCCAUGAUUGAGAGAUACUCCGACUCGGCCGGAUCAUUUGUACUCCUCGAUUCCGCAAAUCUAUCAGUCUACAAGCAGCUCUACCGCGCCGCCAAGGCAAAAUCCAAGCUUAAGCUCCGUGUCACAUUGGUCGAGGACCCCGAGCAGGCUCCUAAGCCCUCUUCCAACGACCAAAUCCCAGAACCCGUCCAGGCUACUGAGUCAGAGAAGAAGCCAGAUGUCCAGCCAGAGAUCCAGCAGCCCGAAUCGCAGCCUCAGACGAGUCUACCUCUGCUCACCUCUUAUCCCAGCAUGUCAAAGCAGUACGACCCGACGCUACUUGCCAAGGCCGCCAAAAUGGUCAACAAUCGCGAGGAGCUCCGCAAAGACUUUGAAAGCCGUCUCAGCUGCCUCAUGAGCCGCCAAUCUCUCAACUCCACCUCUCCGGACACGUCCUCAUCGCCUCCGAGUGAGUCUACAACGUCCACCUUCGCCGUUUGUUGCAACCGCUGCAGCAGGACCAUCCAUGACGCCCACUACCAUUGCUCUACUUGCGACGACGGCGACUACGACGUCUGCCAGGGUUGCAUUGAUCUCGGCCUUACUUGCAAGAGCGACACUCACUGGCUGAUCAAGCGUUCCAUUGUUGAUGGCACCAUCGUCAAGAGCAGCACUGAGAAACUCUCCCCCAAACCCAAGCCCAAGGCCGCCAAGGAGGAGCCCAAAAUUCAGCCUGCCUUGUAUUCCAGAUACAUUUCCCCCUCUGUGUCGUAUGAGGUACCGCGUCCGGCUAGAUCGCCUGCCUUCGUUGAUCUUGCUCCACCGCCUUCCUUCUUUGCUCGCCCACCAAUUGAACCAUCGGCAAUGAUUGGCCUCGGCACAAGUGACUUUCCGUUUCCCCUCGGAAACACACGCACCUGCAACGCUUGCCUCGUUCAACAUGCCGAGUUCAAGUUCCUUCACUGCCAGCAGUGCGAGGACUUUGACCUUUGCGAAAGCUGCUUCUCGUCGGAUAGUCAUGGCCACCAUCCUAUGCACGGCUUUGCGCCAGCCGUUCCAGGCACCAAAAUGGCCGACAACAUCAUCGCCCGUAUGGCUCCCGGCAGAAACUGCUUACAUUUGGCCAUCUGCGACGGCUGCAACCAGAACAUACAUGGUGUUCGACACAAGUGUCUCGACUGCCCUGAUUGGGACUAUUGCAGCAACUGCGUUGAGAAUGCGAGCUUCAUUCAUCCUCACCAUCGCUUUGCUGCUCUGUAUGAGCCUCUCGACCUGCCUCACUACUGUUCCGAGGAGGGUGAUACUCUGCAAGUUACACACAUGGGCAUCUGCUGCGACGGCCCCCUCUGCUCGUCCUCUGCAGCCUGGCCCUCCUAUAUCACUGGAACACGUUACAAGUGUGCCAUUUGCCCUGACCUCGACUUCUGUGCCAACUGCGAGGCCAGCCCUGCCAACAAUCACAACAAGACGCACCCUCUGAUCAAGUUCAAGACUGCCGUCCGCCAUGUCAGCGUUACGACUACUGGAGAGCACCAGGACGGCAGACAGCUGCAGCCGAUGGGUGAUCGAUUCGAGACUCACUCCCAGCCCUCCACUAACACUAACUCGGUCAACCCCGUGCAGACCGUAGUUGACGUGAAACCCGAGGAGCCCGAGGAGACCAUCAAGCCCGAGGUGAAGACGGAAGAACCCCUCGUUCAGUUAGACGAUAUUCCUCAGACUAAGGAGGAAGCUCAGAAAACUAUUCAGGAAGAGCAGCUCAAGGCUUGCUUCGUUCGUGAGAGCGUGUCUGAUGGCACCAUCUAUGGUCUGAACCAUGUCUUUGAGCAGACAUGGACACUCCGCAACGAUGGAAACGUACCGUGGCCUGCUGGCUGCGUCGUCAAGUUCUCUGGUGGCGAUUACAUGGGCCACGUUGAUUCGACCCACCCCACCGGUAUCUCUGACCUCGUAUCGGCGUCUCAGUCCACUGUCUGCUACUCGCAGCUUGCCCCAGGCCAAGAAUUCCAGUUCACUGUGCUCCUGCGCACUCCUACACGCGCCGGCAAAUUUAUUUCAUACUGGCGUCUGUGCACCGAGGACGGUUACCGAUUCGGUGAGCGCAUGUGGUGUGAGGUUCAGGCCCGGUCGGUCAAGGCCGCUCCCGCCACUCCGGUCCUUGAAGAAGAAGUUGAGGAUGAGGAGGAGAAGGUGCAGGAGACCGACAAGAUGGAGCAGUCACAAGCCAGCAGCACCAUUGUCUUCCCCAAGCUCGAGGCGGAGUCCCCCAUCGCCAGCGUGCACGAGGAGGCGAAGCGAGAACACGCUUCCCAUACGGUCUCUCUCGUUGCCAGUCCCGUCGCCAGCCCUACCACAAAGUCGUACCUGGAGUGGGAUGGCUCCGAUGACGGUUUCAUGACUGACGAGGAGUAUGAUAUCCUCGAUGCUUCGGAUGAGGAGUACCUCGAGGAGCAGCAUCGCAAGAUGGUGAAGGAGUAA